CUUGUCUUUUUUACAGGGCGGUCUUGGCAGACAUUGGCUUGAGAUAUUCUCAUGCCCCCAACCCUAUGUGCUGCCAGCACAACUGUUUCUUCAGUGAGCUGUGAUUUGGAUCAGGAAACCAAUCCAGCUUAAAAAUAAUCCAGCAAAAAGAUUUAUUUUUAUUUCACUCUUAAAGCUGAAUCCUUUGCUCUAUCUGCAGAACAUCAAUGCAAACAAUUGCCCUAAUGCAAUUGAAAGCAUGCAGAAAAGCUGGCUGUUCACCUUGUUUAUUUGUAAUUCCAUUCUCUUUUUCUAGGAAUUACAAAUAAUAUUUUCCCAUAGUCUUUCACCCAAGUUGCCCUCAGUGUUGCACUUCCAGUCAGUUUGCCUGCCGUUGAUUAAAAAAGAAGAGAUAUUCCAGAUUUGAUGUAGUCACUUUUCUGCCCAAACACAAACUUUUCUGUGCACAAUGGCCUUCCAGUACCCGAGGGAAGGCUACAAGAAACAUGGACACUAUCUAAAAGAUUAUGUAGUGACAGGACAAGGGGGAAUGGCUUCAAACUGAAAGAAAGUAGGUUUAAGUUAGAUUAGUUAGAUACAGGAAGAAAUUCUUUACUGUGAGGUUGGUGAGGCACUGGAACAGGUUGCCCAGAGGAGCUGUGGACUCCCCAUCCUGAGAAAUGUUCAAGGUCAGGUUGGAAGUGGCUCUGAGCAACCUGGUCUAGUGGAAGGUGUCCCUGCCCAUGACAGGGACGUUGGAACUAGGUGGUCUUUUAAGGACUAGUCCAACCCAAGCCAUUCUAUGAUUCUGUACUGUAAUGAUCCUGUAGGACCUUCCCAACAGGUCCCUUGGUUGUUGAAGUCCCCCAUGUUCACCCUGUUCUGUGCUUUGAUAAUCUAGCAGCAGCACCCAAAGCUCUUGAGUCCUGCAUUGCCAUGUCCUACAGAUUUUCAAGGUACCUGAGGAGGACCAAAACCUGAUUGAAGCUUUUCUAAUUGUUUGGAGGAUUCAUAUUAACUCUCACAUCAGUUUCUGGGAGACACAGCUGCUGUCCACAUUUGGAAGUGUUGUGCAGAGCUGGAGCUACUGUGUUGCCACGACCUGAGUUAAGAGUUCAUUUAUGGGGACAAAUAAGCUUGUGCCCCCAUAAUAAUUUGAAUAAUUUUAUGAGGUGCAUGUUGCUGAUGUUGAAAUGCUGAAAUUCAUACUGGAAGCACUGAUUAAAAAAAACCAAACCCAAACAAAACGCAAAUAAAUAGAAAAGGCUAAAUCCUGCCAUGUGACCUUCCCUACUUGCGCAUCCAUCUUCCUGCGCUUCCUUAGGGGAUGCUGCAGACGGCUUUGCAGGCGGUUUCCCCUUCGGAAGGGCUACCCUCCGAGCAGUGAGGGCUGUCUCCUGCGUCCCCCGGGCAUUCCCUUCGGGUAAUUUCCAAGAGCGGAUCGGCGCGGGGCGGGCACGGCCGCCGCUCCCCGCUGCCUCCUGCCCCGCCCGGCGCCGUGGGCCGAGCCGGGCCCAGCAGGGCCGAGCCGAGCCGGGCAUGGCGCCGCUGGUGCUGUACCACUGGACGCAGUCCUUCUCCUCGCAGAAGGUGCGGUUGGCAAUAGCCGAGAAGGCGCUGAAGUGCGAGGAGCGCGAUGUGAACCUGCCCCUGAGCGAGCACAACGAGCCGUGGUUCAUGCGCUUGAGCUCCUCUGGAGAAGUACCCGUCCUGAUCCAUGGGGAAAACGUCAUUUGUGAGGCAACGCAGAUUAUUGAUUACCUUGAAGCGACGUUUGUAGAUGAGGAAGUACCAAGAUUAAUGCCAAAAGAGGGGAGCAUGUAUUAUCCAAGGGUGCAACACUACAGGGAGCUUUUAGACUCCUUGCCUAUGGAUGCCUACACACAUGGCUGCAUCCUGCACCCCGAGUUAACAGUGGACUCCAUGAUUCCAGCCUAUGCUACCAGCAGAAUCCGUAGCCAAAUAAGUAACACAGAAUCAGAAUUGAAGAAACUUGCAGAAGAAAAUCCAGACCUUCAAGAUGCCUAUAUAGCAAAACAGAAGCGGCUUAAGUCUAAACUGCUGGAUCAUGAUAAUAUAAAAUACCUAAAGAAAAUACUGGAUGAACUGGAAAAAGUUUUGGAUCAGGUUGAGACUGAAUUGCAGCGGCGAAAUGAGGAAACACCAGAAGAUGGAAAUCAGCCUUGGCUCUGUGGUGAUUUCUUCAGUCUGGCAGAUGUGUCACUUGCUGUCACAUUACAUCGCCUGAAGUUUCUGGGAUUAGCAAGAAGAAACUGGGGAAAUGGGAAGAGGCCCAACUUGGAAGCUUAUUAUGAGCGUGUUGUGAAGAGAAAAGCAUUUUACAAAGUUUUGGGACACGUCAACAAUAUAUUAAUCUCGGCUGUCCUGCCAACAGCAUUCCGUGUGGCCAAGAAAAGGGCUCCCAGGGUUCUUAGCACCACCCUGCUGGUCAGCAUGCUGGCAGGGGUGGGUUAUCUUGCUUUCCUCUGUCUUCGGAAGAGAUUUGCCAACGUGGUGCUAUCGAUUAGAACCAGGCAAAAUUAUUUUUAGACCUUCUCUGUCCCUGGUGGUGAGUGAAGGGCAUCUCUGCCCUCAGGAAAAUAUCUUCAAUAAAAUAUAAACGUAGAAGAA